AUGCACAAAGAAAUUGUACAACUCGAUGCGGAGUGGCACGCACUGGCUUGCUCUCGCAACGUCUUGCUCAAAUCCAACGAGAAAUCAGGGCCGGAAGCAGCGGAGUUAGAGGCCAAGCAGAAGGAACUUGUCUGGCGCGACGUUUACUGGCUUCGCCUCAAUCGACUUCCUGUGUUCGCCUACAUGUGGCAGAGGAACAGCGAACUUUCCCUUGAAGAAUGCGAGGGAGACGACAUCAACCACAUCAUGGUCAUUGAGAGGUAUCAGCGUCUAUGGAACUGCUUGGAGCAAGAAGCGAGCGCCACUGCGCCUCGCGGCCAGAAGUGCCAGAGCGACGAAGAAUACGAAGCUGCACUCAGCCCCAUCCUACUCAAGCACCGUAUGUUUCAAGCGGCCGCCGCGGACGACCUUUACAAGAGGCUCAACUAUCCGGAGCCGUUAUGGCUUGAUGAACAUAUUCUGGCUUAUUUUCUUAACAGCCCAGCACUGGACACCCUCGAGCAGAAGAUGUGUCUCAUCUCUGAAGUCCAGCGUUUCCGCGAUGCGUCUUAUAAUGCAGCCCAAUUGGGCGAGUUUGCACUGGAUCAAAUGUUUAAGAUCUGGUUCCGCGGCAUCUUCAUCCCUCGGAGCGGGCAUAUGCAAGCGAUGUACGAUCUCGUAGACGACUGGUCUAGGUCCCUUGAGGAUAUGGAUGACGGGAUGGGCGGGCUCGAGAUGAGUGCAGCGAUGUGGUUGCACGAACGUCAGACGAACGGGAAGUUCAAGAUCCCCUCUAUGCUGCUGCACUACUAG